AUGAUCGACAAGGGAAUAAAAAUUACAAACAAAGAGGAGGUCGAUGUGAUGGACAUUCUGAACGCAAAAACCGUCGAGUAUGUCAAAACGCAAUUAAAGUUUCCGAAAUUUACCCCUCCACAGGUAGGAAUAUUUUGCCUUUCUUUUAUUUCGUGCUUUCAGGAGUGGAGCAUCAGACAUUUUUUGCAAAAAUAUGACUGUAUUGUACAAGCUCCUACAGGUAGUGGAAAAACUUUAGCUUAUGGCCUUCCAAUGAUGCAAAUUUUGGAUGCAAAGAAAGAAGAUGUAAGUCAAACACGUUGUUUUACACAUGCAUAUUUUUAGGUGAAACCUGAUGAUUGCCAUGUUUUGGGACUAGUGUUAGCCCCGAGCAAAGAAUUGGUGACACAGGUGUCGGGUGUCCUAAAGCCACUAGCUCAAGCCUUCGACAUCAAUGUGGUCAGGCUUAUAGGCGGUGGAGGUUCCAAAACUGUUUCUGAAAAACCUUUUAAGGGAAAUUGGUAAGUGUCCCUCUAAAGUUUUUUUAUUCCUAGCAUUGUCGUUGCCACCCCCGGACGAUUGGAUCAUGUGAUCACCAAGUUCGAGAAGUUGAAAAAAGUCUUUAGGUAUCUGGAAAUGCUAAUUAUCGAUGAAGCCGAUCGUUUCUCCGACGAAGAAUUUAAGGUCAGGUUAGUUUGCCUUGUUUUAGUUUAAGUUGCUUUUUCAGUAUUUCUAACAUUUUGGGAGUGUUGCCCAAACAGAGACUUACUGGUCUUUUCUCGGCUACGCAGGCUAAGGAGGUUGAGAACAUGCUUAAGUUUGGUAUCAGAAAUCCCAUCAGGGCUGUCUUUUCACAUGAGCUUAAAGCGGAGUCUUCGGAAAACAUGAACGAAGUUUUAACUUCCGGAGAAGCGGCACCAGCAGAACUUACAAAUUAUUAUACGGUAAAACCAUUUUGAUGACUUUUUAGAUUUUUUUUCGGAUUGUUAAGUUUGUUUAGGUAAAUGAUGCUGACCAGAAAGUUCUGGCCCUGGUGAAUUUCUUAAACGGUAUUUCCGAUUCGAAAAUCCUCGUGUUCAUGAGUAAUGCAUCAGAAGUUGAAUACUUCUCUGACAUACUGCCCUUAUUCCUCGAGAACGCCAAAAAAAGGCCUGUAAUGUCUGUGCACAGAAAGAAGUAUUCGAAACGACAGGGAAUUGUGAGUUUCUAGUUGUUUUCUUAGAAUUGAUAUCAUUUGUAGAUAAAACAAUUUUCUACAACCAAGAAAGCAAUCUUACUUUGUACCGAUCUAAUGGCUCGAGGAUUGGACAUUCCCGAUAUCGAUUGGGUGGUGCAAUUCGACAUUCCGAAGCAGACUAACUGGUUUGUUCACCGAUCUGGAAGAACUGCAAGACAGGGAAAACAGGGCAAAGCGAUCGUCUUUUUGAACAAGGAGGAGGAGGCAUAUGUCGAUUUUGUCAGUAAAUACGAAAACCUCACCUUAAAUGAAUAUAAAAUUGACGGGCUCACUAAGGAAAAGGCGCUGGAUCUACGGGAGAAGAUCAGAGAAUUGGCCAAGAGUGAUAGGUACGAACCAAAUGGUCUUUCAGAGGAUUUUUCAGGAAGAUUUUGUUGAAUGGGACUCGAGCAUUCGUUGCAUUUAUCCAAUUUUAUAUUAAACAUGACUGCAAGAUUGUCUGCAAACUUGGGGGUAAGGUUUGUCCGUCAAUUACACAUUAAUUUUAAUUUAGAUCAAGAUAUUCCUGGCAUUGCUCACGCUUUUGGUUUACUUCGUAUGCCAGUCAUGAAAGAAUUCCGGGGCCGAAAAGACCUUAAAAUGUUUGAAAACGCCGGCGUUCCGACCGUGAAUAUUGCUUUUAAAGAUGAAAAAUUGGAAGCGCAAAGGCAAGUAGAAGUUCAAAAUAAAAGGAAAGCCUUGGAAGAGAAGAUUGCAAAGAAUUCUCUAAAAAGAAAAUCAGAGAACGUUGGGGAUGAUAAUGGAGAAGCUAUCACUAAGAAGGCAAAGAAGGUGAAGCCACGAAAGCAGUUAGAGUGGGACGAGUUGCAGAACGAUGAACGCCUCCUCAAGAAGUUCAAGUCGGGGAAGAUAACCAAGGAAAAACUGAGAGACGAAUUGUGA